AUGUCUUGAUUUGAUAAACACAUUAUGCCAUCUAAAAUUAAAUCUAAUGCGAUUGCCGCCGGUAGCGCAGGAUUCUUGAAGCCUACCUUUUCUUCACUAAGUAAAGCUGUUGAUAAAAAUGACAAUAAACUGGCAAACUUUGUUGUGAAAGAAUUGAAUAAUAAUGAUAUCAAAAAACAAAAUUUUCAAAAGCAAAAUAAUAUUGGUGAACAAAAAGAAACGGGCAAAGAACCAAUUGUUCUUCCUACUGUAGUGCAGGAAAGCCCUCUUCAUAGUUCAACUUCAGCGACUGAUGCUUUAUCCCAUUCCAAUGGUUCAGCAAAAUCUUUUCAUGCUCAUGUAAAUAAUGAAGUUGAAAAAAAUGACAAACCCGUGGAAAAAAAUCUUGCUCAAGCUCUAUCAGCUUCUCUAAUAUUGGAUCAUGCAUCCCCCGAUGAUAAUGAUACUAAAAUUCGAGAUGCACGAAAAGUUUGUGAUGAAUUACGAGUACAAAUUGAAGAUUUGAAAAAGCAGCAACAAAUGUUUGUGACACGGUUGAGUGGGGAACAUGAGGAUUUUGAAAAAAUAGACAAUAUAAAAACCGAACCCGAAAAACAAACUGAAAUGGAUUUAAUUCUAGCAGAUCCCGGGGUUCCAUGUAAAAAUUGUGAUGAGGUGUCAGAUGGCAAUGAUAAUGCUGCUAAAGAUGUUCGAAAGAAAGUGCAAAAUUUUGGUCGAAAUGCUUUUGUGAAUGGAGCACGAUUUAACAAACCCUUUUCGACUAAGAAAGUCAAUUGCCAAUCACCCUCUUUGUCAUCUGACGAUGGUUUCAACCUCCACGGGUCUAUGACUUCAGAUGCCAAUGAUUUACUAGUCAAAGAGGAAUGGCUUGGGUCAAGAGGAUUACCCAAAGAUGUCCCACCCACAAAAGUAAUAAAACGCUUGAUGUCUGAAAGAGAAAGAUACAAGAAAAAAGUUAAGCAUUUACAGCAAGCUCUCCAUAAACUCAAAAAACAGCAUUCUCAUCAAUCAUUUGGUAGAACGCCUGAUAUUGCUGCUCACGAUAUUGUGUACUUUAAUGCAGACCUUAUUGGCGAAGGUUAUUUGAGUUAUGUGUACUCUGGAACCAUAUACAAGAAUCAGAAAGCUGCGAUCAAGAAGUUAAUUCGUCCAGAUAUGAUGUCAACAUCAGACAGGAGCUACUUGGCAGCCGAAGCUGGACUUUUGAUGGCACUACAUCAUCAGAAUAUUGUUGAAGUAUUUGGUGUGUCAACUGCACCUUUACAACCUUUAAUUAUCACAGAACUUGUGAAAGGAAGAAACUUACAUGAUAGAUUACAUUCUUCUGAUGGAUGGCCCCUUAGCCCAGUCGAAUAUUACUCUAUAGUUCGAGAUAUCACUGUUGGAAUGGCAUAUCUUCAUGGACAAAAACCACCUGUUCUUCAUCUCAACUUGAGACCUUGUAACGUUUUGCUAGACUCAACCGGUCGGGCGAAAGUUGCUGACUUUGGAUUUUCUAAAAUAAGGUUGGAUGCGGGCGUGUCAAAUCGAGCCAAUCUCAGUUAUUUAGCUCCGGAGCUUCUACAAUUUCCUGUUCAUUUAACAACGAAACUUGACGUGUUCAGUUAUGCAAUGAUUAUGUGGGAAAUGGCUACGAUGACAAAACCACACAAAGAUACAUCUACCUCUGAGAUUCUGGCUUUGGUAUCUAGUGGAAAACGUUUGAACAUCCCAUGUGAAUUACCCAGUGGAUUCCAUGCAAUAAUAUCAAGAUCAUGGGACCAAUCACCAAUGCAGAGACCAUCUUUUAAAGAAUUAAUCAUUGUACUUGAAACAAUGUCACUACCUCGAGAUUGGGAUGAUGCGAUUCAACGUUCGAGAUUGAAUAGAACCGAUACAAGAGGUCUUAUUACACCGAGGGAUGGUUCAGAGAAUGCAUCGAAACCAAUGGCCAAUUCUAUGCAGUCAGAUAGCAAAAGCGUUGUCCAAUACCCUCAUAUAGCAUCACACGAGGUCACGCAAAAAAUUCAAGAGCCUGACUUUAUCAAAGAAAGAAAAAGGUUAUCAGAUGAACUCGCACUGGAAAGUGAUAUGAUGACUCUGGGAUAUAAUAUGACGAAACCAAAGCAGCCUCAUAGAACUGAAUCCGCAGAUUACCUCAGAGGAUUCAAAAGAUCCGAUUCAAUUCCUCACCAUCAUCAUGUAUCUCCUCAACAAAAAAGUACUCACUCAAAUCGACGCUCACUCGCGUUACAAUUAUCUCCUUAUAAAUAUAACAUGAUCAAUGGAAGUCCUGUUAUAACGCAUUAUCAUCAUCGUUCGAGCAGGAAUGGCAAUUCUGAUUCUAGACGUGUUACCUCAUUUGGUGAUGACAUUCAUCCACACUACAAAGCAGCAAGAAAUCUCAACCAAGAACUGUCAAUGCAUCAUGAAGUUCGAUCUCCCACAAGGUCAAAUGGUCAUCCUACUUCGAUUCAUAACACAAUUGAUAACGACGGGAUACUUUCAAAAGAUCGCAGUAAAAUAUACCAUAAAAAAGCAUCAAGUCACCAUAGACGACCUAAGACAGGAAGUCUAAGUUCUUCAGAAACAGACAAUUCUAUUGACAAUAACAAACCUGCUGACGUACCACAACCAUUGACUGACAGAGAUAUGAGAUAUCAUGACCAAAACCUGACAGUGGAAACACCAAAAAUUGUAUCUAGAAGAAGUAACAAAAACUCAGACAAAAGGUUUACAACGCAUGACGGAAUGGGACAGACUUCACCAAAUAUUCAGAGGGAAGAUAAAAGAGUUUCUUCUUCUAAUCCUUAUUUGAAGAAUCAUGAGAUGUCAAAAGUAGGUGGUGGAAGAAGUUCUAAGAAUAUGAUUAAAAAAUCCAGACAUCAUGAAGUGGAAUCUUCAUCACCAAGAAGCCCAGAAGAUUUGAGAACAGCAGUGUCUAUCCCCUAUUUGAGGAAUCUUCGAUCUGGAGAAGAAAGUGUUUCAUCAUCAGGCAAUGGUACACAGAGAUCUCACUUUGAUGAUAAAUUAAGUUCAUAUGUAUCUGAAGCAUGUCAGGCAGAAUCCAGAAAUUAUGUUGAUUCCAGAAUGAAAGGUUGGCAUAGCUCUAGAUCAGCUAUUCUCAACAAAGAACCUGCACCUCCAUCUUCAGAUUACUUGAAGGUUCGUAGCAUUGGUACAACUAUUGCUGAUCAGUCGCUUUUGAAUGGGCAGAAUAAAAAUCAACAGACCAUAUCUGAGUCGUCAGAAACACUGAUGACUGCAGCAUAUAAACCUAACGAAGCACGCAGGAGAGAAUUAUACAAUUCUGCACGAGAAGCCAAACAUAUUGAUGAUAUCAUAAGUCCAACAGUCUCUGAAGAUACGUUUGAUGAAACUCGUCGAAUCGGAGUGAUGUCGGUUCCGUCUUCAAGUGUGACACAAGUCCCCCCAACUCGGCAAAGCGCAGAACCACCAAGACGUUCACGACACAUAUCAGACGGCAGGGUUUCUGAGCAGAACCCUCGUUCUGUCAACCCUAAGCUGUUAAGAAGAGAAAAUUCUUGGAAUAAGUUGAAAAAUUCAUAUUCACCUGAACCUCUGAUGCCACAUUUUCAUUCUCCUUUUGGAACUCCAGAACAUUCUUCAAAUAUUGUUCUUCCACCGGCGAUGAAUGCUUCUGAAAGUCGAGAUAGACCAAGUGCUUUCAGUAGACCAACUCAUAAUUCUUCAAAAAAUACAAAAAGAAGAAGUAACAGGAAUUUACAGGCUGAAAAAGUUUACUCACAGAAUAUCCCCCUUCCUAGAGGUUGGCCAAUACCAAACCCGGUACAAGAAGGCAUUAGCACCGAAUCCAAUACUACUAAUGAUGAGGUGAGUGAAGCUCUCAAUGACACAGCUAGAGAACUGGCUGGGGUUUCAGAAAUACUGGAAACGGCUGUUGAACAACAUAAACGUGAUCAAAGCAAGCGGAAAAAUCGUGACAAAACUUCCAAAGCGAAACCAGAUUUGGGGUAGUGUUUGCGCUGUCCGGUAUCUAAGAAUUUUUAUUUAUCUGGAACAUAGACUCUAUCAGUUCCUGUAAUAUUUCGUUUUUAGGAUGAUAUACUAUCAUACUCCCAAAUUCCAGCUAUCCAAAACCAAACAUUUCCAACAUACGUUUCACUCUGACCCAAACUCGCGAGUUGCGACUGUGAAAUAUCUUAAUUUUCUCAAAAAUUGAUUCUUGCGCUAGGUGUUUUAAGUUACUGUCAAAAUUCAUUUUCAAUUUCAAAUUUGAUUCAUUCUAAAACCCGCGAAAAAAGAAAAACUGCACCUCAAUUGUCUGCUUCAUAGGCUUCUAUAACUUAUAUAAAUUAACUAAUUUAGCAGCUGCUUUAUGUACUAUAGAAAAAGGUGUAUCUUGUAAAUUACCAUAAAUGCAGCCCCAUACUCGUUUAUAUAUUUUAUACCUCUGAUUUAGUAGUUAAGUAGUAAUAUCUAGUCUUGUACCUGACUUCAGUUUUCUUCCAAAUCUUGCUAUAUGCAAAAUAAAAUUGUAGGAUUAGAAAUAUGAGCUGUAGAUUGCAAGAAUGACUCCAAUUUUCUCUUGGUGUAUAUUGUUUGAUAUGAAAUACUAUUUGUGUUUACCAUUUUGGGAAUUGCGUAGAAGCAAUGUAGUCUACUGGAUGGAACUAUUACUUUAUCACUGACAGUAACUUUGCUCAUAGUUGGAAAGGAAGUGACUUUUUAAUGCAAAAUAACACAUUGAUAAAGUGAAAUUUGCCGGAAUUGAGAAUAUAAUCAAUCUGUUUGUCCACAUUUGAAGGAAAAUGUUUUCUUCAAAUUUUGAUCUCAAUUCCUAUGAACUUAUAAAAUGAACUUUUGUCAAGUUAUAUUGCGAUACAAUAUUUUUUGGUGGUCAAGUUUUUUACGCAUUUCAAUUUUGGGGUGAUGAUAAAUACCAUAUGGCAUUGUGGGACCAUGCAUGAUCGACAAUACCUGGACAAAGUGAACAUGUAAGGUUUAAUGUAUUUCUAAUGUGAUAGCUGUUUUUUUUUAAACUUCCCUGUCAGAAAUUAUUUCCAAGCUUGAUUUAUGGUUAAUCUUGCUUAAAUGGCACGAUUUAUCUGUGGAUUAUACACGGCCAUGGAUAUGUAAAUAUUUUCUGACUCUGACAUUAUACUUCUCACUGUGAUUAAGCUUAAGAAUAUGAUCAAAUUUUUGAUUUUCAUCUCAGAGGACUUGAAUUUUUUUUACUCCCAAUAUUUCGUUUUCCAAGAAUUGUUCCCUUUUUCACAUUUUUGUAUAUUUUCAAGGUUUUGCUGCUGAUUUUUUUUUAUAAAAGCAGGUUUGUAAUCACAAGGUGUGGUAAAAUGAAGCAAAUAUAGUAAUUUGAGAUUUUACAAAACAAAGUUUUUUUAUUCAUUUUUGACUCGUUUUUUUAUGAUGGAACAAAAUUUGCUGUUAGAGUAAAUGUGUAAAGUAAGAAAUAGAUUAAAAUUCAUGGAAGAAUGAGAGGUAAAAUGGAUAUUUGGUAAGAUUAUUUGAAAAAGAUUUUAGCUGAAUCCUUAAACUUGAAUCGCCUAAGAUGGAAAUUUUGUCCAAUUUCGCUACCUUGAAAAUAAAGAUUUAUUUAUACAAUUUUGUAAAAUUUGGAAAAAGUCUAAAUGUAAAAAAUAAUUAACAUUUACAUGAAGGAACUUUUUGUUUACUUGGUCACCAUUUUUAUGCCAAGGUCAAUAAAGCUAAGCAAAUUCUUUAUUGGAUUUUCGACUGAGCCAAAAUUCGCGUAUUUAUUCAAUAUAACUACGCAUUUAAGUUAGCUAUAAUUUUAUAGCAUUUAAUAUUUCUUAAUAAGAGUACUACCCGAUUAUCAAUUGUGAUUGACUUAAUCAGUGCUGUUCAGAAAAAUUUCAAAAUAUUUUAUCAAACUCGUUAUUAGUAAUCUAGUUAGCUAUAGCUUGCCAUGAUAUGUGGUUUUAGAUCAUUUCUAUAUCUUGUUGUUUUAGAAAAAAUUCAUAUUUUUUAUCAAAAUUUUUUUUAGGUAGAAAGCUUGUUUUUAAUACAUUGUUUAGUUUAAUAGAUAAUUUCAAACCAUUUUUAGGUUUAAUUUUGUUAUGGAAAUAGGUAAAAUAAGUAUAUGGUAUGCUGUAAACUCAGUUUAAUAAUAUUAAUGCUUACUGCUUAGCAAUAGUAAAUAAUACAGAAAUGCAUGAGAAAAAGGGUCUAAAUUAGUGGCACGAACCAACACAUGUUUUUGCUCACGCUAAUUACUACUAAACAAACGACAUACAUUUGUGUGAUGAUAAUAAAUGUAUAAACAAUUUUUGUUUUAUACAUCCAAAGUGAGGCGUUUGAGAGCCACAAAAAAUUUGUUUUUGGGCCGCGGUUUAUCCACUAGUGGUCAAAAGUAUGGGUGAAAAUUGAUGUAGUUUUUGAAUAUUCAAACGCCAAUAAAUAGGUUCUUAAUAUAAUGAAAUAGGUGGAUAUAUAUAUAUAUACCUAUAAUUUGCAGUGUCUGACUUUUUUUUACUUUGAAGGAAUAGCAAUUUUUUUCUAAUGAACUUUUAUCAUUAUAAGUCUGUUAUCAUAUAUAUUGAUAUGGCGCAUAUAAAGCAUAUAUUUCAGUCAAUAUCUUACAGUGAAGCAACUCGGCGAAAAUUGGACUUGACACUUGCUUUCCCUAAAUCUAUUUGGUUAUACAGGCUCUGCAUGUUCAUGCUCAGUCAAACAGUUUUGGCAUCAAUUCAGUGUAAUUAAUGCCGGUAAUCAUUUUUUAUCUGGACACAUGAAAUAGUAUAGGAUUUUUUAAUGCAAUGUAUAUUGAUUGAAUGAUGUAUUUAGUACUAUUGUUUGUUUUUUAUAUACUUUGAUACAAUGAGUUGUUUUUCAGGGUUUAUUAUAUAUCUAUACUCAGGCUAGAAGUGUAAUGUCAUCCUAAUCUGAUCAAUAUGUGUAAAAUUUAACUGUUUUACCUACCACCAUUAUCAGUAAAUACGCAUUUGGUGGUUUAAAAUGUAUAUCCUUUAGCUAGUCAAAUUUUCCAGAUAAGGAUUUUCAUAUUUAUCAAUGCGGUGAGAAAAGUCGAUAAGACGGCUCAAUCAUAUGACAAACUACGGCUUGUAUGGUAAUCCAACACCCAUUUCUUGUUAAUAGGAUAUUGAGAAUGUAUAUUCACAUAAAACUAACUGACCUUUCCCUAAAUACACCAAUUUUUGCAAUUGUAAAAAGUGUAUGUAAUUAUCGAUGAAGAUUCGCUAUGGUUCGUAUCAAUUACAAAAAUCAGCUUUUUUAAGUUUUCCAUAUUUUGUUAGGAAUUUUAUUUGUGUCAAAAAUUUGACCACUUACAGGUGUGUAGUUGGUUGAACUUUCUUAUCUUGGGCAUGGUUAAAAAUUUAUAAUCGGGUAGGUUAUCAGUGUAAUGAUAAGAUAUCCACUACAAUAUUCUACUACUCUGUCUGCUACAUUAUGAUAGCAUCAAUUUUUACUGAUUUUAGCACAUUUCGCCUCCUCUACAAUUGACUGUUUCUAUCUGAUAUACAUCUCCCAUCUUUUGCUAUUUUUAAGAUAAGCUAAAACCAAUACUACGUUUUCAUGUUUUUACUUCUUAAUUUUGAAAAUUUUUUAUUUUGUGAAUACUAUUUGAUCCAAAAACGUUCCAUUCCUUUUCGUACUUUCAUACUUGAUACAAUGAUAAACUAUUGAUAAUAUUGCAUCUUCUUCAGUAUUCCUAAUGCCUCACCUUUUUCUAUGGCUUGUGUCUUUUGCUACCCCUUAUUAUUGAAUUUUUUAUGGCCAUGUAUAGGCAGUGUCCUAGAGUUGAGGGUGAACUUGGUGGCAUAAGCAUUGCCUAUCUAUGGUCAAGCAUAAUUCAAUAAUAGCACAGUAUGUGCCAUAAAUUUUCUUCAAUCUUUUUCUACACAAUUCUUUUUACAGCAGUAUGGUUUUUGUAUCAUCGGAUUAUCCAUUGAUCAUGGUCGAGAAUGUGGUCUUUUUCUAUAGAAUACCACAUCUCCAAGCUUGAUUGAUUUAUAUUGUUGUCUUCUGUAUGUAAGAUAUCAUUUUCAAUGUGUAAAAUAGUUUGCACUAUCAACUAGUCGGUAUUUACAAUGAGUUUAUAAUAUACUAUUUUUACUUCAA